UAAUAAUCGUGUAAGGCUUUCCAAUUAUGGCAAUGUACGCGUGCAUUGUUCAGCCUCGUAUUCAUUUUCCUCUGAUUGGUUCCACAACCAUCCACGUAACAACCUUCACCCCGACACUUUCCCACUACAUCGGCCUUCUGCCUUAUCAUUCUUGUUAAACUCUCCGGUACGUCUUUUUUUUUCUCGAAGAGUACUGAGCCAACCACCGAAAAUGAUGGAAUUAAAUGCUGUGAACGGUCAUGUCGAAAACCAAACCAAACCGGAUGAAUUAUGAGCCCGACGCGGGUGAACGACAGCCCCGAUGCGGUUAAACUACGAACCCGAGACUUUUAUCUAUCGUCAAGUCUUCUGUGAGUGUUAUUACCAUCAGUCGAUGAAUAAUCGAUUCGUUAUUUACGAGGCGCAUGUGCAAAAUUGCAUCUUUUAUCCCUUGCUGCUUUCAGUCACAAGAAGUGGAAUAUAAAGCUGUCGCGAUGCUUCAUAAAAUCGAAGCCGUACCAAAAGGCCUUCUACUUCAGACAUGGCUACAGUGGAACGCCAAUACGACCUCAUCUUACUAGGCGCAACGGGCUAUACUGGCCAGCUGACUGCAGCCCAUAUCUUCAAAAACCUCCCGCACGACCUGAAAUGGGCGAUUGCCGGUCGCAACGCAGCAAAACUCCAGAAAUUAGCCACCUCACUACAAUCCACCAACACAAACCGCGCACCGCCCCUCGUCGAAGUCAUCGACUUCUCCAAUGACAGCGUCCAUACUUUGGUCGCCAAAACUCGCGUCCUCAUCACCACAGUAGGACCAUAUCACCUCCACGGCACCCCGAUCAUCGAAGCUUGCGCGCGAACUGGAACACACUAUAUCGACAGCACCGGGGAGACACCUUGGGUCUACGACGUCGCGCACAAAUAUCACGCACUCGCGCGCGAGAACGGCGCAAUUCUGAUCCCCCACUGCGCCGAAGAAUCCGCGCCGGCAGAUCUUGCGGCGUUCGUGCUUACCAGCGCCAUACGCGAGAAGACCGGCAGCGGGACCAAGAAGCUCGUACAUUCUGUGCAGAAAUUCGAUAAUGCGAUGAGCGGAGGUACACUGCGCAGUCUCAUCUCAGUCGCGGAGUCGUAUCCGUUCCAGCAUCUGAAGAAGAGUAUACAGCCGUAUGCAUUGUGUGUUGAUCGGCCCCCACGCGAGCCAUUCGCACCAAAGGGCUAUUCCUGGAAAGGCUCGGCGCAGAUAGAGGGGUUGGGGAGAUUGUCGGAUUCAGUCAUUGGGAUCCCGGAUACGAAUCUGGUGUAUCGCUCGUGGAGCUUGAUGGGUGAGGAUUACGGAGUCGACUUUCAGUACUGGACGGGCAUGAAGACAGCUAACCGGAUCACUGGAUUUCUCUGGCAUUGGAUCAUGGUGGUCAGCUUGCCCAUGCUGGUGAUCGCACCAUUGAGGUGGAUCAUGCUGAAAGUGGUCCCUUCACAAGGCGAAGGGCCAUCGGAGAAGUCUCAAGCAGCCAGCUCUACUAAGUGGAAAUCGAUAGCUUACAGCGAAAAGAACUCGGGCACCACAGCUGUUUGUCAUAUGUCGUUUGAUAGGGAUAUGUAUUCCUUGACUGCGAUCACGCUCGCUGAGGCGGCUAUGGUGCUGCUCCGCCCGGACCGCGAGAACUGGGCGCAGAAGAUUGGAGGUGGCGUUCUCACUCCCGCCACUCUUGGCCACCAGUACGUACAGCGAGUGAGAAACGCUGGGAUCAACAUAGAUGUCGAUAUCUAG